AUGGCUUACCAGCGGAUGAGGUUGCUGCAUAUCUGCCUUUUGGUUCUGGGGGCCCUUUGUUUGUAUUUUAGCAUGUACGAUCCGUCUCCUUUUGAAGAGGGCUUAUUCGUUUUCAAGAAAGAGUGUGGGGAGUUCCUUCAGCUCCCGGAUAUAGACUGCCGGCAAAACCCCCCCUUCCUUGUCCUGCUGGUGACAUCGUCCCACAAGCAGCUGGCUGCUCGCAUGGCCAUCCGGAAGACGUGGGGGAGAGAAGCGGUUGUGAGGGGAAGACGAGCGAAGACGCUGUUCCUCCUGGGGACCACGGCCAGCCAGGCCGAAAGGCAGGCGGUGGCCGAGGAGAGCCGGCAGCACCGCGACAUCAUCCAGAAGGACUUUGUGGAUGUGUACUACAACUUGACUCUGAAGACCAUGAUGGGCUUGCAAUGGGUCCACCGCUUCUGCCCUCAGGUGGCGUUUGUGAUGAAGACCGACUCGGACAUGUUUGUGAACGUGGAGUACCUGACCGAGCUGCUGCUGAGGAAGAACAGGACGGCCAGGUUUUUCACAGGCUACUUGAAACUGAAUGAAUUUCCCAUCAGGACGAGGUUCAGUAAGUGGUUUGUCAGUAAGUAUGAGUAUCCGUGGGACAAGUACCCGCCUUUUUGCUCGGGCACUGGCUACGUCUUUUCCAGCGACGUGGCGAGUCAGGUGUACAACGUGUCUGAGAGCGUCCCCUUCCUUAAGCUGGAAGACGUGUUUGUGGGGCUCUGCCUCCAGAAGCUAAACAUCAGACCGGAGGAGCUGCACUCGGAGCAGACCUUUUUCCCAGAGGGGCUACGCUUUUCUGCGUGCCGCUUUAGGAGAGUCGUGGCCUGCCACUUUGUGAAGCCUCACGAUCUCCUGCUGUACUGGCAGGCUCUGGAGGGUUCCCGGGGAGAAGACUGCCCAGCUGUCUGA